AAAGGACUCCAACACCGAAAUGAGCGGAGUGACACAAUCCUCGGAGAUGGGACAGAUGCAUGGAAAAGAAGUCACAGUGGUUCAGAUUUACACUCUUCCAUCUGAUGUAUAAGAUAAAACCCGUCCGAGCUUCUGGGUGCGUGGGAAUACCUCACAUGAGAGCUGGAGUCGUCAAAGCGCUCAACUGAAUUGCGGAAGGCCCUUUGACCUAGAGUCUAUUGGAUAGUGGAGAGGACACUCAGCUGAACUGGAACUCUUAGCCUGUGGACUAGCCCUUAAAAUUGGGCACUUGGCUUUUAUGCGAGCCAUACUCUCACUCUAUCCCACAGGCAGCCCCUAUGCUUAUCAACCUGACUGUGGCCAUUAAGGAGUCACGUGCCUUUCAUGGACCACCGCCUGCCUGCCCACCUGGUGCCCCUACCAUCAUGGAAGUGACAGCCAUGGACGCACUGCCUGUCCUGGCCGGUGCUCCCCCACCUCCCCUCGCACCUCCACCGCCUCCACCUCCUCCUCCUCCUCCACCCCCACCACCCUCCUCUUUGCCACUCAGCCGCAUGGACAGUGCACGUCGAAGCCGGCUGAGGAAGCUGAACUGGGAGCGCAUACCCAAAGAGAAGGUGGAGGGGAGGAAGAGCGUGUGGAGUGGGGCGGCCACGGAGGAGGACGAGUUUCCUAUAGAUCUCCAUUCUCUGGAUGAGCUGUUUGGUCAGAAGGAUAGCAAGCCUCAGGACAGGACCGGCACCCUGAGACGACGGUCGACGCUGCUGUGCUGUAGGUCCCCUCAGGACAGCACAACGGAGCAGAUCUCCUUAUUGGACUCCAAGCGUAGUAUGAAUGUGGGGAUAUUCCUUCGUCAGUUCAAGAUGCCUGCUAAAGAGAUAGUGGAGGACAUCAGACAGGGGGUUGGGGAGCGCUAUGGAGCCGAGAAGCUCACGGAGCUCUCUAAACUGCUGCCUGACAGGGAGGAGGAGUCCCGUCUAAGGAGAUUCAAGGGGGAGCGUACCUGCCUUGGAGAACCCGACCUCUUCAUGGUUCUGUUAGUGGAUGUCCCCAGUUUUCGUCUGCGUCUGGAUGCCAUGAUCCUGCAGCAAGAGUUUGACCCCGCAGUGACCUCUCUGUGUGUGGCAGCCAGAUGUCUGAGGGAGGCAGCUAGAGAGCUGCUGAGCUGUCCCGAGCUACACUCCAUCCUCCGUUUGGUGCUGAAAGCAGGGAACUAUAUGAAUGCUGGUGGAUACGCAGGGAAUGCUGCUGGCUUCCGGAUUUCCUCGCUGCUCAAACUGGCUGACACUAAAGCCAACAAGCCGGGCAUGAAUCUACUGCAUUUUGUGGCUAUGGAAGCUGUCAAAAAGGACCAGAGCUUGCUAUCAUUUCCCAGCCAACUUGGCCAUGUUGCCCCUGCCUCUAGAUUAUGUGAGGAGUCUGUGUUGGAGGACCUAUCCAAGUUACAAAGCAGAGUGGUGGCCCUCAAGGUUGACAUCCUAACCGAUGCUGAUAUUCAACAGCAGACACAGACUUCCCUUGAGGCGGCUGAGGAGCGCCUGAAAGAGGCUGAGGAUGAAGUGGAGGGCAUGAGAAUGUCCAGUCAGGCUCUGAUGGAGUUCUUCUGUGAAGACGAAAGCACUUUCAAACUAGAAGAGGCUUGUAGGGUUUUCCAAUCAUUCUGCCACCGCUUCCAGAAAGCUGUCCAGGAGAAUGCAGAUCGAGAACUGAAGGAACAGAAGCGUCUGGAGCGUGAGCGCGAGAUAGGGGAGAAGCGACGUUCUGUGGCUGUUUGCACAGGGCUUGAACUGGGCUUGAGCCUGGCCAGAGAGUCCCCAUGCCAGGGAGGCCAGGAUGACCUGGAGAGAAUCUUAGAGAAGAGCUUGAGCCACACCUGGAGCCGGCGUAGCCUGAGGAGCCCUGAUUCCCGCAGAUACUCCCACCACCUGCAAAACGACAAUGCCCAUCUCCAGAACAUGUCCAUCUUCAAAACCUUUCCAGAGCUGGGUACUAGCCCUACUUCCACCACUGACCAACCUAAGAAACCGCCUACCCAUGACACCAUCACUGUGCUUUGCAAUUCACCAGAGACUGACAUCUCAGCACACCCCAGUGAGCAGGAGCCAGCUGUUGGUGGAGAGAGCCGGACUCAGCCCAGUCAAUAUGAAGCAGGAAAAGAGAAAGUCGACAUUGUUCAUGUGUCACAUAUUGCCAAGUUCAGUCCAUCUCAGCAUGGACCUAGCUUCAAGGUCACACAACAGAGGUCUGAUUGUAUUUCUUAUGUGUCCCAGGGGCAAUGUGACCUGACAGGAACACGAAUGAGUGGAUCUAAAAAUGAAGUGAAUCAAAUCCCAUGUGGACAGAAGACUUUAGUGACCACUGAAACUGCAUCCUUUUCCUGUACAAACUCUGCCACUAUAACUACAGCUACUGCUUCCCUCAGUGUUGAAAGCCACAACUCAACUCUUAGACAUAGGUUUGGACUGCCAGUGACGGACACCACUCGCCCUUCUCAGACUAAUUCGAAAGAAUCACCUGUGAAAGAGUUGGCACCAAACUCUGUUCAUACUGCUGGAAUACCCUCUCAUAGUGCCACCGGGGCUGGGCCCUUAAGUUACAAAUUCUCUGACUGCCAAUCAAAAUCAUCCAUAGACGCUCCUGACAGUUUCCAGUCACAAGUACAAGAAAGAAAGAUAGCCAGUGGUAUACCCUCACCUGAAGGAAGGAUUGCAAAACAGACAGAAACACAAAUGGCCUCAACACCUGUGGAGGAGGGGUGGAUGACAUCCAGUCUACCUGAAUUGAACCAUCAGUCAGCAGAGCAGUGCCUGGACUUGCCGAGCACUGAGAGGGAGAUGGAGAGGUCAUACACUCGUGUGGGAGAGACACUAGAAUGCCACACUCUGGUGAGAGGUCUACGAUCAUAUGAUGCCCUGACACCCCCAGCCUCCCCACUCCCAAGACCCACACCUAGCCUUUGCUCCAAGUGGAGGAAAGAGAGAGAGGUUGACCUUCGAGAGGGAACCACUUCUGGGUCCCUAACACCUAAAGAGGACACACGAACCACAAAGAACCCUGUGCACAGUGGAGUAGGGGCCAAGAGAGGACUUGGGUCACGUACAGGGCCCUCCAACAGCACAGGAAUUCCCAGAGUACGCUCUAAAACUGAACCAUCAAAUGGAAUCACGGCCUCUUCUGACCAACCCACCAUCCCACGGCCCACCCGCCCUUCCACUCCUCGCAGUUUAUCCAUGCGCUCGUCCCCCAUCACUCGGCCGGCCAGCGUUCAAGCAGAGGCAAAACGAAGCAACAGCGUAAAGGAAAGGCCAAUGAAUGGGGUUGAAACACAGACUCCAGGAAAACAUAACCUGACUCAUAGGAUCUCAGACAGAUCCAUAUCAGAGAAAGUCUCAGGCAGCAGUCCAGCAGUUUUCAUCAGAGGCGCAUCUCUCCGCGUAUCUAAACGACUAGCCCCAAACUCUGAGACUCAGGCCCCUUCUCAGUCUCGCACUGCCCACAGCCCAUCAUCUGCCACAGCUAAGAACAUCCGCACAGCUGUUAUAUCAGCAGCCCGUAUCAAAACUGCUAAGACGACAAACACAGAUUCCUCAGCUACUGGCUCUAAAAUCCCCACAGCUACACGUAUCCCUGGUCCCAAAAUGCCUCGCCCUACCACAGCUCAACCCCUGUGGAGGUGACUGGUAGUUGGCACUUAGAGGGUGCAGUUUGAGCUUGCUCUCCAACCUUACUGGAUCUGGGUUGAGAUAUGUAGGGGUACUGAUGAACUGUUACUUGUCUCCAGUCCAUUUUUUAUUGGUUUCUCAUGGGUUUCAGUUGUUGUUCAGUUUUGCUUCAACUGUAGUGCAUCCAUGUUCGGCUUUCAUAAAAUGUUUUUUUUUUAUACUGAGCACAUAAGUUGUCAAUAGUUGAUAAAGAAGACCUGUAUUGUGAGAAAGACCUCUUCAUUUCGUCUCAUUUCAUCUGCUGAAUUGUCUGAUGUGCACAGAGAAGUAAUUGAAUUAUACGUAGAAAAGCCCUUGGCUCUACAUGCUUCCUCCCAGCACAUCCAUUACUGUCCUGUGCAGGCAACAGGGCAUUACAAGGGCAUUCAUCCUCACCAGUUAUCCAUGUGGACACCCAAAUUUAAGUAGCUCAUCUAAGUGAAAUGCAAACAAGCAUGUUAUUUGCUCUGCUCUAGAUAGCACUGCGAGUGUGCUUUCAAGGCACCUUUCAAAUUGUUUCAUUCAGUGUUCUUAAAAAAAGUGAACUGUCUUGAUCUUAUUUUUGGAAAUACAGCAUUGCUCACGUUUUCUUUCAAUUAUGGAGGCUUUCUUGCUAAGGGAUUAUUGUGUCCUCGCUGCACAUGUUUGGUCCAAACUGCAGUAGGUAUGUUAUUAAACUGUUUGUCCAAGUUUGGAGAGGCUUUGUCAUUCUGAUGCACUUUACAAACUGAAAAAGAGGCCUUGUGGAAAUUAUUACUGUUAUUAUUCUGCUGUUUUGUUUUCUAUCAAAAGACUAUAAAUUAAUUCAAAAGUGUUGGUUGUUCACUGAAAUGGGUGUAUUUGUAAUUAAGAAAAGAUGA